ACAUCAAGAUGUCUCCACGUGCAGUGAUCAGCUUGCUGGUGGUUUGCCUCUGUCUGGCCUCCACAGAAGGAAGAGCAUUCAAAAAUGAGAAAGCACGGUUCAAGCGACAAGCUGGAAGUAGAUGUGUUGGGGGCGUGAGGGAAGAUCUCAUUGGAGAGAUAGAGUUUGGCUCUGGUCAAUACCAAAACAACGAAGACUGCUGCUUCGAGCUCCGUCCUUACUUUGGCGGUUCUUUCACGGUCGAUCUGGAGUUUAGUGUCUUUGACAUUGAGCAAGGUCCUCGCUGCAGUUAUGACUAUGUUACCUAUGGAACAAGUGACGGUAUUACCGAGAUCGACUGUGGCACGAAAGAUUUCGGAUACAUUAGAUCGUUCAACAGUACGGACAGUUUCCAGUUGUGUUUCCAUAGUGACGCCUCUAUUGUUGGUCGUGGCAUCAAUGUCUUAUAUAUCACUCUCCCAGUAUCCGAAGAAAAUAGUUCACUGCCAGCCUUAAACUACAGCACCACUCCAUCCUUGAACGUGACAGCCUCGCCUUCCCUGAACUACAGCACCGCUCCGUCCUUGAACGUGACAGCCUCGCCUUCCCUGAAUGCAACAUCUUCUCCCGAAACCACCGGAAAUGAAUCUCUGGGUGUUCCCAGGAGCCAUCGCAACUGCACCUUCUCUACCCUUGCUGACCAUGGCAUGAUCCAGAGCCUGCCUGGUACAGGGGAGGACUACCAGAACAACCUCAACUGCAGCUACGUCUUCAAUGUGCCCAGGAACAGCAGUAUUCACUUCAACUUCACCACCUUCGACCUCGAGGGCGGUAAUGGAUGUCCCUACGAUUAUGUUCAGAUCAAUGGUGGACGAAGAUGGUGUGGAAGUACAAUUAACGGGAGGCAAGUGAACGAAACUGGUGAGGUUGUGCUGAGAUUUGUCACUGACGGUUCAGUGACAAGCAGAGGUUUUGUGGCUCGCUUCAACAUCAGGAUGGAAAAUGGAACAUCUCCGAACACAACAGUCGCACCAGCCAACACGACCGUCGCACUAAGCAACACCACCGUCGCACCAGGCAACACCACCAUCGCACCAGGAAACACGACCGUCGCACCAAGCAACACGACCGUCGCACCAAGCAACACCACCGUCGCACCAGGCAACACGACCGUCGCACCAGGCAACACGACCGUCGCACCAAGCAACACGACCGUCGCACCAGGCAACACGACCGUCGCACCAAGCAACACGACCGUCGCACCAAGCAACACGACAGUCGCACCAGGCAACACGACCAUCGCACCAGGAAACACGACCGUCGCACCAAGCAACACGACAGUCGCACCAAGCAACACGACCGUCGCACCAGGCAACACGACAGUCGCACCAGCAAACACGACAGUCGCACCAAGCAACACGACAGUCGCACCAGGAAACACCACCGUCGCACCAGGCAACACGACCGUCGCACCAAGCAACACGACCGUCGCACCAAGCAACACCACCGUCGCACCAAUGAACACCACCGUCGCACCAGGCAACACGACCGUCGCACCAAGCAACACGACAGUCGCACCAGGCAACACGACAGUCGCACCAGGCAACACCACCGUCGCACCAAGCAACACGACCGUCGCACCAGGCAACACGACAGUCGCACAUAGCAACACGACCGUCGCACCAAGCAACACGACCGUCGCACCAGGCAACACGACAGUCGCACCAAGCAACACGACAGUCGCACCAAGCAACACGACAGUCGCACCAGGCAACACGACCGUCGCACCAAGCAACACGACAGGCGCACCAGGCAACACGACCGUCGCACCAGGCAACACGACCGUCGCACCAAGCAACACGACCGUCGCACCAAGCAACACGACCGUCGCACCAAGCAACACGACCGUCGCACCAGGCAACACGACAGUCGCACCAGGAAACACGACAGGCGCACCAGGCAACACGACAGUCGCACCAGGAAACACGACAGUCGCACCAGGCAACACGACCGUCGCACCAGGAAACACGACAGUCGCACCAAGCAACACGACAGUCGCACAAAGCAACACAACCGUGGAACCUUCCGACGAAACAACAUAUGCCUGCAACUACGACACUGCCUCCCUCGAAGGCAGAAUAUCUCUGGCAACUGGUAUUGAUGGUUUCUACGCAAACAACGAAGAGUGCCGCAUCAAUCUAUAUUCACCUGCUCUUCCCCACGUGACCACGAUCAACUUCACACGCUUUGAUGUUGAAUAUAAUAGCAACUGUCGUUACGACAGCCUGUCAGUGAGGCUUGGAAACAACACCAUCGACACACUAUGUGGAAACAACAGAAGUCCCUUCGUGAAGCAAUACUCUAACGCAGAGCCACUCCUCGCCAUGACAUUCGUCAGUGAUUCGAGUGUUUCGGGUCUCGGUUUCGCCUUCGACUACCAGACUGAAGUAGAGUACUGUAAUGCUGUGAUCAAUGGUACAUCCGGGUCAUUCGCAACCCCCCCUGGUGGCUACAGUCCCAACAUGGCAUGCACAUACACCAUCAACACUCCCACGCCAGCUGAACUCCACUUCACCUUCGAGGAAUUUGACAUUGAGAGUGCAAGCAGAUGCAUGUACGACGCCGUCACCAUGGGCGAAGACAGACUGUGUGGAAGCAGCCCCGGCAGCAAGACAUACCAAUCUGAUGGAACCUUUGUGAUCACCUUCACAUCUGACGGCUCCGUGCAAAGGGAAGGUUUCUACAUGUCCUUCACAUCAUCGCCAGUGGCAUAGACAGACUGACCUACACAGCGAGAUCUAGUUGACAACAAUAUGAGUAAAUAAACUCCAUGUGCUCUA